AUGAAACUACCAAUAAGACUCCCAUCAGGCGAAGUGAAAUCAGUUGACUUAAUAUAUGAGAGACUUGAUAACCACUGCUUUGUUUGUUUCUCAUUAGGUCAUGAGGAGAAAGACUGCCCGAGAAAUUGGUUGUCUUCUCAUUCCUCAGAGAGAAACCUUGGCCCUUCACAACAAAUUGCGUUGGAGAGAUUGGAAUCAGAGAGGAGAAAGGCUGACAGGAAAAUGGAUGAGAGAGAAUCGUCUUCAGCAUACUGGGUAAGGAAGGACUACAGUUGCGGGAGAGACAGAAGAUCCAAUCCCCCAUCUCAAGUUGUCUCUCGACAUAACAACUACAGAAACAGAACCUCUCCAUCUGCCUCGGUGAAAAGCGGAUACAGACCCUUUCUCACAGAAACUGCAGACCACCGGAGAAGAUCAAACCUCUAUGAUAGAGAGGAUCUCAGAGCCUCCUUGACCCGUUCUCAGAGAUCAUCCUCUCACCAUGCUGCAAUUCAAAGAUAUAAAGCUUAA